AUGGCAGAUUCGAGUCUGAGCGAAACCGUUGCGCGUCUCUUUUCUGACAAGCAGAGGGAGCGCACCGAGGCUUUGACUGAUCUGCGACGAAUUUUGAACAGGAAGAGACAAGAUCUUAGUGAGACCUUGAACGACAAGGCGUAUCAUAGGAUCUUUGAAGCUGUCUUUCGGUGCGUGGCUAUUGAGAAGUCGGUCUAUAGCCGCUCAAGCAAAUCGAGCAACAGAAGCGCAACAACACCACGUCUUCCAUUGUGUGCUUCCGCAUUUCGAGCGACUUUGGAAGUAUCUGUCGCUGUCUUACGAACAAAGACUGUACAUGCGAUAAUCGAUCAUAUUGUCCAAACUUUGACCCAACCAGGAGACGGACUCUGGGAUCUUCUUGCGAUCGACUACAUCAAAGGCCUCAGGCUCCUGUUGGAAUACCCUGCACAUGUGGAGCACCUCACCGAAAGUGACUGGGUUGAUGCAAUCACAUUUUGCCUUUCAUGCCUAAAAUCCAAUGAGAAUGAGGGAACACAGCUAAGCGUCCGAUCCAGCCAUGUGUCUUUAACCGAUGCUGCCACCGAUACUGAAGGUGGCCGACGGACGCCUAGUCGAGCGAUAUCUACUCGAAAUGUUGUAUCGUCCAGCUCGCAAGUAAACAGGAGUAUAUCCGAUGAAGCUGUAGUAUGCAUUCAAUUGCUUACGGCUACCCCUACUGCUCCUCUUCAAGAUGUUGUCAGACAGCUCAUGAGUGAACUCUUGAUCUAUCUCUCUUCUUCGACAUCUGCAAAUGGAAGUCAAGCUCUGAAAGCGAUCAAUAAUCUCCUCGACAGAGUGAUAUGUGAUCAAUGCGCUCUAGUAAAAGAAUUACUUCCAGACAUCAUACCAGUCAUACGCCGUCUCUGGAUGACAAAAUUACCAGCUGUGAAGGAUGAGGUUCUAGUCACUAUGAUGUUGUGUAUGGACCUUUUGCGCAGUAACUCACGAGCAUUGUUCGCUCAGGACUCACUUCAGCCACUAGAAGACCUUGUCGAGACUCUAGAACUUGAAUAUACCAAACGUCCGGAGAAAGAUUAUCUUCAAAUUGACGAUCUGGUAUUUUAUCAGAAUGAUGCUAACCUCAAACAAGUGUAUCUGUUUGGACCCCGUCUCGGUAACCCUAGGUCUGAACAAAAUUGGACCUUGAUAUGGACGAUUUCAUCACUGAUCGGUAUCCUGGAUAAGACAUUGAAUCACAUGUCUAAUUCCGCAGAGGAUGAACUUGCACCAAACAAGAGACCUCGUUUGUCAUCACGUACGGAUGAUGUCUUACGCGAUUGCCUCGCUUCGACCGGACCUAGGAAAGGCUACUGUUUACAAUUACUAUCAUUUCUUGGAAGACGAAUGUCUGUUGAAGAUAAAGUUUCCCUCUUAAGCCGCUUGGCUGUCAGCAUUGUGGAUGACAACCCGUUCACAUCGAACUGGACAUUAUUAGUUAUAUCCAAUAUCGCCAUCUCUGACUCGGCAAAGUCUCCGCUACUCAAAACAUAUUGGAGACAAAUAUGGGACCUGACAUUUCGAGCAUGCGCGUUUCAGGUGAACACCCGAGCGGCCUGUGCUCUAAUGGAGACUAUUCUACGCUUAGAGCUUGUCGAUUCCGCAGACUUGAUAGACAAUGUACGGUCAAUGCUGUCGGGCAUGGACCUCAACGGACCAUCUGCUUUGUGUGACACUUCUUUGAGGUUUUUAACCACAAUGUUUGAAAAAAGGGUGCAUACAGCAGCUGGCCUUAGCAUGGACUCUGUAAAAGGCGUCUGCAACUGGCUACGCAGUGCGUGGACAUUCGGGGCUGGAGUGGAUAAACUCCAAAUGGCACAGGUCGCCUUAUUUGCUCUUCCAGCUAACUUUCUGGGCCUUUUACUAUCCAUUACUAACAGACCAGCAUCUCUUAGCCAUGCAGAUUAUCAGGGCACAAUAGCCACUAUCUCGAGCGCUUGGUUUCGUCACCGUGAGCAAAGUGCCCUUAAGGAAUACCUCUUCUUAUUUGAUGACCAGGCCAUCUCGCAUGACCUCUGGUGUGUUGAUGAAACAUUCUUGUUACUGGUGAAUUCGGUGAGAAGUGACCCAAAUGACCAUGUUGUUAUAGAGUUGCUCCAGACAAAGGUGGAUACUUUCUCACAAGCGUGGAAAAUAAUGUCUGAAGAGAAAUCACAACACAUCACAGCAGAUUUAUUCAAGAUUAUGGUUUCUGCAUGUAUUGUUGUCGCCUUGUUUAUCGAGUGCCUUCCUCAACCAGAUACCAAUCGCGUCGCAGACCUACGAAGAUCUAGUCUCAGCUUGUGGACGGACAUUUGUGACUAUAUAACUUUGAGGGAAGAUCUCUUGCAAGCAUGCUUAAGCCUUCUAUCGCCCAUUGUUGCAUCCGCUCCGUAUAUACCAAAUCGCGCAAUUCCUAUUUCUAGGGCAUUGUUUGAUCUGACAUUCCCCCUUGUUGCCAAUCUGAAAACCAGUCAGUCGACCCAAAAUGACAUGGAUGACCCUGACACAAUGGACUUUGAUGGUAUCGCCUCGCCUCUGUCGGACGAACUCGCACGGGAUGUAAUUUUAUACAACAAUCGACACAACGUCAAAGCAUUUCCAGAACCGAACACCUUUCAACGAUGUAUAUCAACACGACUAUCUAUCUUUCUCUCCAGUAAUGAACAAUCUGGCACUGGCCCGUCGAGUGGAGCAUCACUUGUAGGUUCCUUGAAAGCCUUAGAUGAUGUGGAUGUUUUGUCGACUCGAAAUUUUCUUCCACGUCUUUUCAGAGAUUGCGACCGGUUUUCUCGCACCGAUAUUCUGGAGCUAGUGGAACAUUUCGGAGAAAUCUGUUUGCAGCGGUAUCAACUAGAAAGAUGCGAAAGUGCGCAGUGCUUCUCUAUUUCCAUGAUGGAGUGUUUCGUUGACUCAUGGACUAGAAAUGAAAAUGAUGAUCUCUGCGAUUCUGCUGCGGACUUGUACGGUUGGUUCAUACAAGUACUUUUAAAUAAGAAAAAAGGGUCAUCUGGUGUUUUGAUCUCUCUGUCUCGACUUCUGGAGAAAAUUAUUAGCUUGAACCCUUCUUUUAGCGUGGACGGUACUGGAGCAUCACCGCGGACGAGCUUAUUCACCAUUCUUCGUGAUGGUGAUACGGUGGUGAAAUUCGCAAUUGCAAGCUGUAUAUCGAAUAUUUUCGGUCGCUUUCUACUCAAAGACCACGAAAGGAUCUUUGAUGAUGUUGUUGAGAGUCUGCCCACGGAUCCAGACUGGAAUGAAGGCAUCGCCUUGCGACUAUACAUUCUCGGGCAAUUAGCUUCUCGAUGGCCAACACUUCUCCGUCGGAGUAUUUACCACAUUUUUGAGACUCCCGCUCAGGUGCCUGAGUCGACUCGAUAUGCUGAAAAAUGCCUAACAGAAGUAUCUCGCUCGUUGCGACUACAAGAACCAAAGGACAUUUUUCGGCUCUUCAUGCCUCAGAUUCUUUACACUUGGACUGAGACACAGUCCAUUGUAUCGAUGCCAUUUAGCAUCUUUCGUUAUUCAAGUUUAAAGGAGAUGCUACAGGAUGCACAAGACGAACUGGUUGGGCAAAUCAUGAUGAGAGCUAAUGACCAGGAUGCCAAGGAGCUCGCCACCCAUCUUGAAAAGCCAUUCAGCGUGUUGCUGCAGGGAUCUUUCUACAAGGCAGAAGCGUAUACCGUGGCUCGCGAUAUAAGUCUACCGCCAUCUCAGGAUAGUCAGCCCAAGGGUGUGGAAAGUCGAGUGAAGAAAACCCUGGGGACAGAUCAGUUUGCACAAUCAAUUGAGACCAAGUUUCCUGAAGUUGUCAGCGCUCUUUUCAGAUCCCUUUCCCAGGAAGACCAGAUCGAGCGUGCAUUUGCAAAAUGGCCUAGCUUUGAUUAUGCUUCAGAGAUUCUCAAGCGCAUUACAGAGAAGAGCGCAUCUACAACCGUUCUCCCAGGUAAUCAACAGCCAUCAUUCAGAGCUCGCUAUCUGCUUGACGAGCUUGAAUAUCUUUGCAAACGAGCUGGUUAUGAUUUGGAGACUAUGUGGACACCAGCAUUGGUGUCGUUCGUGUGUCGAACACUCCUUGACUCUAUGCAUCCUGCGCUUGGGUCUCUCCAUGCCUGUUCGGUACUGAGAAAGAUUCGAAUUCUGGUCUGCAUUUCGGGGUCAAUUAUAACCCAAGACUAUCCCUUAGAGCAGCUUUUGUAUGCUCUACGGCCAUAUCUGACGGACUUUUACUGCUCUGAGGACGCCCUGGGUCUAUUUUGGUAUCUUCUUGAAGAGGGCAAGCCAUAUCUCACUCAUCAGCCGGGCUUUCUCGCAGGGAUCGCAGUGUCAACCCUCGUAUCAAUAAGAAACUUUCUUCAAUCGACUCCUGAAAGCACUACCCAGGAAAGUCAGUUCAAUGCGGUUAUCUCAAAAUCCCAAGAGUUUCGGCAGUGGUUCGGUAAAUUCUUGGAGGAGUACCGCGCAUCAAAUCUUGAUCAAUGCGCGGAAGACUCAUUCCGGCGGAUGGUUACAUCGUCGAAACAGAUAAGCAACACAGGAAACUCUGCAAAAGGAACAUAUGAGAGCGAGCUCUUGCUCGAGCUACUUCAGGACAGAACUUCUCGCAAAAGUCUCCUGAGUAGAUCAGUAUCUGAUCUUGUUCUUUCGCUGCUUUGCGUUGACUUCAGAAUAUCCUCUGACAUAUUCAACGACAUUCUUGGAGAAGAUGAUGAUUCGUCCAAACAUAAUGUUGCUGUCUGGCAGAGUAUACAGAGUGGUGUUACUGAUAAAGGUUACCGGCUCUGGGCAGCUCGAGUACUAGGGCGCGCAUUCGCAGCAACUGGACAAGUCAAUGAAGAAUUGCUUCGAGAGCAAAAUAUGGAGAUGAUUCCGUCGCAGUCACAGGCCCUAAGACAUACAGAGCCUUUACUUGUGUCGAAAGCUGCAGUACUGCAGGUGCUUUGUGAAGCUCUCUUGAAUAGCGACCGGGCCAAUGUAGGAAUCGUGGAACGAACUCUUCAACUCGUCAUGAGCAAAGUCUCCAGGAUCCCCGGUCUUGAACAAUGUGAAAGCAUAGUUCCACCACCUCUGAUGAAGGCGCUUAUUUGGGAGCCAUAUAUUUGUCCAGAGAUUCAGGCUCGUAUCCCCGAAAGCAAGAAUGACAACCUUUGGCCAGCAUUGGACCCCGAGUCACCAAUUUCUUCAACCCAAUGGGCUAGAGAUCUGACUUUAGCAUUGGUGACUUCAGCUGAAGAUGAUGCUGUUAUUGGGCCUCUAAGAGACGUCAUCUAUGUUAUUCCGGACUUGUCAGUGCGGUUGUUGCAGUUUGUUCUCCAUGAUGUGUUGAUCUUGGAACUCGAAAAAAAUCAAGUCUGUCGGGAAACGGUCUCGAAAAUAUUCAAUGACGUUCUUCACUCAACCACUGAAGCAACUAUUUCCCAUUCUCAAAUUGUUUUGAACGCAGUCUUGUAUCUUCGUCAGCAGCAGAGACCACAGGAGUCGACGAUCGUCGAGCGCGAUGAGUGGUUGGAUAUCGAUUACGGCUCAGCAGCUUCCGCAGCAGUCACAUGUAGAAUGUACAGGACCGCUCUUUUGUUCAUCGAGAUUCAAACAUCUAAAUCUAUCAGCACUACUCGGCGGUCCUCUGUCAAAUAUGUGCCGCCCACAGAUCUCCUUCACGAUAUCUAUAGAAGAAUCGGAGAUCCUGAUCUCUUUUACGGAAUACAGCAAGACGCUACAUUGAAUUCAGUCUUAGAGAAGCUCGACUACGAGUCUGCGGGGUUCAAGAACUUGAUCUUCCAGAGUGCUCGAUAUGACAGCGACUUACGUCUUGAUGGCAAAGGAAAUACUCAUGGCUUAUUCAAAGCUCUGAAUGCGACGAAUCUUCAUGGUGUUGCUAACGCCAUGCUUGCUACCCCUAACAAUACGGAAGGGACAACUAUAGAUUCAGAUCAUUUGUUGUCCACGGCUAUUAGCCUACGGCAGUGGGACAUUCCUGCUCUACCUUCACAAGGGUCAGCAAUGCCGGUCUUAUUCAAGGCCUUUCAAAAUAUGAACACUGUCGAUACGAUAAAAGAUGUUCUAAGAUUCAAUGAUACUUGCUUUUUAAACAUUCUUGAUCAAACUCAAGACAAAAAUCGAUCCGUGACAACGCUGCGAGAUUCAAUGCGAGUGCUCGGCCUUCUGACAGAAGUAGAUGAUGUUCUGCGCUCGACGACCCCGGAACAGGUGGAAAAUUUGUGGAAUAGAAUAACGUCAAGGACAUCCUGGUUCCAAGUUGAGAAUUUUCAAGAUAUUGCUCACAUAUUAUUUUGCCGAGGAACUCUCUUUUCUUCUAUCAACAGGAAGCCCUAUCUGAAAUCGGCACUGAAAUUGACUUCACGAACGUCACAGCUUCUAGAAGUCAAAGCUCUUCGAGAAUCUUUCAAGAUCAGCAAAGAGCUAGAGGGCUCCCAAGAAGCGUUGACAUCAGCUAUCUCGCUAUCGAAGUUGGUGCAACCAUGCACAGCACUUGGACUAAGUAUAGAAAACGCAGCCAAGUAUGACAUGGCAAAUGUCCUUUGGGAUCAAGGGGAAAUGACUACCUCCAUUCGUAUGCUACAGCAGCUGAACGAACAGUGUGACCUUCAGAAACAAGCACUUGUAGUUAGCCGAGCAGAAGUUCUCGCUAGUUUGGGACACCACGUCGCAGAAGCGCGCUUGGAAAAACCCGAUGCGAUCAUUGAAGAAUAUCUAGUUCCUGCAGUAAAGGAACUUCGAGGCAAUGCUGAGGGUGAAGAAGCUGGCAGCGUAUUUCAUCGAUUUGCAUCGUUUUGUGACCAGCAACUGUUAAACCAGGACAGUCUCGAAGAUUUUCAGAGAAUCGAGCAGCUCCGUGAUCGUAAAGAGCAAGAAGUCCUUGCGCUCAAACAAAUGAUGUCGGCCGCUGAUGGUAAGGAGAAAAAUCAGCUCAAGGUGCAUUAUACAAAAGCAAAAGGAUGGUUCGAUCUGGACGACCGCGAGUAUCAGAGACUCAGUAACAGCCGUGAAGCCUUUUUACAACAAUGUCUGGAGAAUUACCUGCUCUCCCUCAAGGCAUGCGACAGCUACAAGAAUGACGCAUUAAGAUUUUGUGCUCUUUGGCUUGACAAAUCGGGCGAUCCGAACGCAAAUGAGUCAGUCGCCAAAUAUCUCAGCGAAGUGCCAAGUCGGAAGUUUGCUCCAUUGAUCAAUCAAUUGUCUUCCCGUCUCUUGGAUGAAUCGGACUCAUUUCAAACACUUUUGUCUGCACUGGUAUUCCGUAUAUGUGUUGACCACCCAUUUCACGGCAUGUAUCAAAUAUUCGCCCACAGCAAGACACGGGGUAACCGAGACCAGGCAGCACUUUCUCGUUUUCGAGCCGCAACCAAUGUUGUCGAUAAGUUGUUGAACGACAAGCAUGCCUGUCCAACGUGGAUGUCAUUACACAACAACAAUAUUUGCUACGUGAGAUUCGCCACGGAGAAAUUAGAUGACAAGAUCAAGAGCGGGGCAAAGGUGCCUCUCAAAAAGUCUCCCAUGGGUUUGAAGUUGGAGCAGGAUGUGAACAAUCAGAAGCUCCCACCGCCUAGUAUGUGGAUUGAGCUCCGGGUCGAUUGCAACUAUAGUAAUGUACCGAAAGUUGUCAAGUUCCAUCCUGAAUUUGCCGUGGCUUCGGGUAUAAGUGCGCCGAAGAUAGUGACUGUUGUUGCCAGUGACGGAUUGCGCUACAAGCAGUUGGUGAAAGGAGGCAAUGACGACCUGCGUCAAGACGCUAUCAUGGAACAAGUUUUUGAACAAGUCAGCAACGUGCUACGAGACCACCGAUCAACCAGACAACGCAAUCUACAUAUUCGGACAUACAAGGUGCUGCCACUUACUGCAAAUGCCGGUAUCAUUGAGUUCGUUCAAAACACUAUACCACUUCAUGAUUACUUGAUGCCAGCACAUCAAAAGUACUUUCCUAAAGACAUGAAACCCAGUGCAUGCCGCAAACAUAUUAGUGAUGUCCAGACACGAACUCUUGAGCAGCGAGUCAGAACAUAUCGCCAGGUGAUAGAACAUUUUCAUCCCGUGAUGAGAUUCUUCUUCAUGGAGAAAUUCAACAAUCCGGACGACUGGUUCAGCAAACGAUUAGCUUACACUCGUAGUACAGCCGCAAUCUCCAUACUAGGCCACGUUCUUGGCCUAGGUGAUCGGCACGGACACAACAUUCUCCUAGACGAAAAGACAGGCGAAGUCGUCCACAUCGACCUAGGAGUCGCGUUUGAACAAGGCCGAGUGCUACCAGUGCCUGAAGUCGUUCCUUUCCGAUUGACACGCGAUCUUGUCGAUGGAAUGGGCAUCACCAAAACCGAGGGCGUAUUCCGUCGAUGCUGUGAAUUCACACUGGAAGCCCUCCGGCGCGAAUCUUAUAGCAUAAUGACAAUUCUCGACGUCUUACGUUAUGAUCCAUUGUACAUGUGGACUGUCUCCCCUCUACGAAUGAGACGAAUGCAAGACGCACAGGAUGCUGGGGGUGAAGAGCCUCCCUCAUCAGUCCUUACCAAGGGCGUUGAAAGAACCAAGUCAAAAAAUAAAGAUCCAAAGGAACCCAGUGAAGCAGAUAGAGCGUUGACAGUCGUCGCAAAGAAAUUGAGUAAAACGCUUAGCGUUACUGCGACGGUGAAUGAGCUCAUUCAACAGGCUACAGAUGAGAGAAAUCUCGCUGUUUUAUAUUGUGGUACGUACUCAUUGAACUUUCUCAUUGCACUAAAGAGAUUCUCUGUAGCUAAUUCGUGCUCUAUAGGAUGGGCUGCCUACGCAUGA